GCCGUCGCCGGCCUCUUCAAGCUGGGGGUCGACGAGGAGCGGGAAGAAGCGCACGGGGUGAACCGCGCGGAGACCUCGCCUCCCGCAGAGGGGGGAGAGGGGCAGAAGGCCCAGUCCGAACCGGAAGGGAAAGAGGCGGGAGACGAAGGAGAAGGCAAGCAAGGCUGCGAUGCCAGCGUCGGAGCCGCCGGCCCCGCGGACGGCGAAGGCCGCGAGGCCGAGGCCGAGGCGGGCGGCGGCGAAGGCGGAGAGCUGGGCGGCGAGGAGCGGCCCCCGCGGACCGCCGUCGAGGGUCCCGAGGCCGCAGAUGGGCAGCGGCGGGUCCUCCACGCCAGGUUCACGCAGGUGCAGCUGCAACACCUGGAGCGCGUUUUCCAGCAUACUCCGUACCCCGACGCGCGCACGCGCUGGCCAGUGGGUGCUGCCUCUCCCCGUUCCUCGGGCCCAGGGCUGGAAAGUGGUUUGUCUAGGAGCAAACCAGUGUGGGUUUGGUUUCAGCAUAGACGGGCCAAGUGGCCGAGACAUCAGAGGGCAGUAAUGUUCAGAGACGUGCCCCCCGUGCCCCCGGUCCCCCCUGUUGUCGUCAGCUUGUGUGAACCCUGCAGUGCCAACCUGCUUCAGCAGCUGGAUUGGGUCUUCGUUUUUCUGGAGCCACUGCCGCUGGAGCUGCCCCUGCUGCCCGGGCUGCCCAUGGCACCCAUGCAGCCCAUGCCACCCAUGCAGCCCAUGCCACCCAUGCAGCCCAGGCCGCCUAUGCAGCCCAUGCAGCCCAUGCCCCCCAGGCCGCCCAUGCAGCCCAUGCCCCCCAGGCCACCGAUGCAGCCCAUGCCCCCCAGGCCGCCCAUGCAGCCCGAGCCGCCCGUGCCACCUAUGCCACCCAGGCCGCCCUGGCCGCCCUUUCCUCCUAUGCUGGUGCCUCCUCCUCCCUGGCUUGUUCCACACGUGCUUCACUGUAGGUGCCCUCAUGUGGCCUGGGAUGGUCCCUUACCACUGGCGGUCCUUCAGCAGCCCCCGCUUUCUCUUGAAUUGUCUCUGUGA